GGCACACAAUAGGAACUCAAUAAGUAUUUGUGGAUUGAAUGUAUACAUGUGUGCCUGUGACCGUCCACCACAUUUAUGGGUGUGUGGGUGGUGUGGCGGCCAGCCUGCCUGGUGUGCCUGGCUGGCUGGGAUGUGUGCGGGAUCGUGAGACCAUUUAAUAGAUGGGGCUGGGAAGGAAGUGGUCAGCUCUGGGCAGCCCCUCCACUUGCCCAAGGCCAGGCCCCCUCUGUGGCCCAGAUCUUCCUGUGGCUCGGGGAAGCUGCCAGUGAGUGGAAGGAGGCGGUGGCCUGGGGCCGCGAGUACCUGAAGACGCACCCGGCAGCGAGGAGCCCUGCCACGCCCAUCGUGGUGAUCAAGCAGGGCCACGAGCCUCCCACCUUCACUGGAUGGUUCCUCACCUGGGACCCUUACAAGUGGACUAACAACCAGUCCUAUGAGGAGGCGGUGGAUGGCAGCCUGGGAGCAAAACCUGCCAUAGUUAUAACAGCAGAACUGGACAACUUGCAGCUCUCUAGAGGGCCAAGCAAUGGCAGCGCAGGCCCCUUGACCCCGCGGGCCCUCGAGGGCUCCCAGGAGGGCUCAGGGAACGAGCUGCAGCUAGGGCCCAAGGCCGGGGGCACCAGCACCGGCAGCUUCCACAGCAGCCCCAGACCCACCACCAGUGGGAGCCUGCCCCGCGAACAGCUAAUGCACCAGGCUGCCGAGGACCUGCCAGAGGGCGUUGACCCAGCCCACAAGGAGUUCUAUCUCUCCGACUCUGACUUCCAAGAUAUCUUUGGGAAAUCCAAGGAAGAAUUCUAUAGCAUGGCUAAAUGGAGGCAGCAGCAGGAGAAAAAGCAGCUUGGCUUGUUCUGACCCCAGGCCCUGCCCCUGCCAGUGCCACCCACAUAGCCAGGACCCCCACGCGUACCUUCCCAACACAUACCUGAACCCCCCGGGAGACCCCGCUGGCAAAGCCUAGCUGGAGACUCCCGGGUCAACCCCUCCACCCCGGUCAAUAAAAGCUGGUGGCCCUCACGA